AUGAUGGAGUCUGAAAAGAAAGAGCCAAGGAAUCUUAUGAAGCUUCUCGAGAAAUCUACAGGAUUCUAUGGAGUAAUAGAGUUUGACAAUGAUGGAGUUCCACCUUUACAUCCAGAAGAAACCCAGAAUUGUUGGAGCCUAGUGGCACUAACAUUAACUGCCAUUGCUCUUGCGCUUCCGAAUAUUGCAAACUGCCAUGUCAAGGGGUUGCUUUCAAGUAUGAAAGAAGGUCUCCAAUUUGUAAGACAUAUCGAAGAAAGCCUCAAUGCAAACGAAGAGUUGGUAAAGGCAAGAGAAGCAGCUAGACAUGUGUGGACAGACGUUGAAGUAUACUGCAAGUGGCUAGAAAUUGAUCUUCAAAAGAAGGCACGUAAAGGCGAAACAUCACAGAAAAUUCUUGAAUGGUUGGGUGAGGAAGCAGUGAAUAUUGUCAUACAGUUCAAGACAAGGAAGAAUAUUAGUCUGGAUCACUCACGUUGUGAGUUCAUUGCUGCAAGUUCUAUGUACCGGAUCAGCCAAACUAUACUGCUUCACUGCCAUGAGCAAGAAAAUUGGCUAACAGAUGAAGAACUUUUUGAGUGGAUAUCAACCAUAAUCGCAGAUCUGCUAUGUGCUUGCUUACCAACUUCCCACAUGUCAUAA